AUGCAACCCCAGCGUGACCCUCGAGGCCUCUGGCUCCUGCUGCUGUCCUUGUUCCCGCUCCUCUUCGAGGUGGCCAGGGCCGGCCGUCCUGUGGUUAGCUGUCCUGCUGCCUGCCUGUGCGCCAGCAACAUCCUCAGCUGCUCCAAGCAGCAGCUGCCCAACGUUCCCCACUCCUUACCCAGCUACACCGCGCUGUUAGACCUCAGCCACAACAACCUGAGCCGCCUGCGGGCCGAGUGGACCCCCACACGCCUGAUCCACCUGCAGUCCCUGCUCCUGAGCCACAACCACCUGAAUUUCAUCUCCUCCGAGGCCUUUUCCCCAGUGCCCAACCUGCGCUACCUGGACCUCUCCUCCAACCAGCUGCGAACACUGGACGAGUUCCUGUUCAGCGAACUGCAGGCGCUGGAGGUGCUGCUGCUCUACAAUAACCACAUCAUGGCAGUGGACCGCUGCGCCUUCGAUGACAUGGCCCAGCUACAGAAACUCUACUUGAGCCAGAACCAGAUUUCCCGCUUCCCUCUGGAACUGGUCAAGGAAGGAGCCAAGCUACCCAAACUAACUCUCCUGGACCUGUCCUCCAACAAGCUGAAGAACUUACCGUUGCCCGACCUGCAGAAGCUGCCCGCCUGGAUCAAGAAUGGGCUGUACCUCCAUAACAACCCCCUGCACUGCGACUGUGAGCUCUACCAGCUGUUUUCACACUGGCAGUACCGGCAGCUGAGCUCCGUGAUGGACUUCCAGGAGGACCUGUACUGCAUGAGCUCCAAGAAGCUGCACAAUGUCUUCAACCUGAGUUUUCUCAACUGCAGCGAGUACAAGGAGCGGGCCUGGGAAGCGCACCUGGGUGACACCUUGACCAUCAAGUGUGACACCAAGCAGCAGGGGAUGACCAAGGUGUGGGUGACACCAAGCAAUGAACGGGUGUUAGAUGAGGUGGCCAACAGCACAGUGACAGUGUCCAAGGAUGGCAGUCUUCAUUUCCAGCAGGUGCAGGUUGAGGAUGGGGGUGUGUAUACCUGCUACGCCAUGGGGGAGGCUUUCAAUGAGACACUGUCUGUGGAGUUGAAAGUGUAUAAUUUCACCCUGCACGGCCACCAUGACACCCUCAACACAGCCUAUACCACCCUAGUGGGCUGUAUCCUCAGUGUGGUCCUGGUCCUCAUAUACCUGUACCUUACCCCUUGCCGAUGCUGGUGCCGGGGUGUCGAGAAACCGUCCAGCCAUCAAGGAGACAGCCUCAGUUCGUCCAUGCUUAGUACCACACCCAACCACGAUCCCAUGGCUGGUGGGGACAAGGAUGAUGGUUUUGACCGGCGGGUGGCCUUCCUGGAACCUGCUGGUCCCGGACAGGGUCAAAACGGCAAGCUCAAGCCAGGCAACACCCUGCCUGUGCCCGAGGCAACAGGCAAGGGCCCUCGGAGGAUGUCGGAUCCGGAGUCGGUCAGCUCGGUCUUCUCUGAUACACCCAUUGUGGUGUGAGCAGGAUGGGUUGGUGGGGAGAUUCCGCCCCAGGAGAGGUAAUGCACCCCUGAAGGAUAUGAGGGGAUGGAAGAGAGAGCUGGCUGCCCAAGGGAGUGGGUUCCCCCGACCUUGAGGGAAUUGGUCACGGGUACCAUAGCUAGCAAGACCUCAACCACGGUGUGGCCGCCACGACUUUCCAUAUGGAUAUACUAAUCCUCAGGCAAGUGCUACCCCCUUACCCAAAGCCCUGGGAAUUCUCAACCUGGUAGAGGAAGAGGAGCAUGUCUGAGUUGGGUGGGAAUGAGGAAGGGGUGGGGGGAAGAGCAGAUUCCCUAAACUUUUUCGAGGUCAUCCUUAGCUCCUUAAGAGAAAAUCAUUUUGGGGGAAAAAUUUUUUUUGCUAUCUCUGCCCACCCACACCUGUGAUGUGUGUGCUGGGGGGUGGAUCUUCCACGGGAGCCACCCUGGGGAAGAGCUGUAGUAUCUUCUUUGGCCAGGAAGUCACACUUCACAGCCGGGGAAAUUGGAAAAGCCUUUGGCAAAAUGAAUCGGGAAAAGGCUGAGACCUCAAUCAAUAACGCUCCCCAAAGCUGUCGUGAUUUCCCACCAAUGCCUCUUUCCCAACGAGUCCUGGAUGGAUGGAUCUUUGCGGGAGCCUGGCCUGUUGCCUAUCAGAUAUGGCAACAAUGUGAGGUGUGGUAUCUGUGCCAAGCCCUGGAACCAGUGACCCAGAGGGAGACAGCAUGAACUGAGGGGUCUAUGUCACGGCAUAGGUGCCAGCACAAAACUUGUAGAUGGGGGAUAAACUCCAGAUUUGCUAAUUCUCCGGUUGGUGAAAUCCUUGGUUAGUUAGCAUUUGGUUCCCAGCGCCUAUGUGUCAGACCAGGGUGGGGGCUGCUGAAGGCAGAGCUUUUAUGGAUGCUUGCCUCAGACCCGGGAUGUGGGGCCACGUCAGCAGUGGGAGGAGGAGGAGGGCAAAUCAGCCUCUGUUAUGUAGCGUCCAGCUGGGCCUACCAGAUUCCCUGAUGCCAUCUCUUCUCUCAGCUUCUUAGCAAGCUCAGGUGGGAUUGAGUUUUCCCUGAUAUGCUGCUCUGCAAAUGGAGGAACCCUGGAAGGUCUGGCCCCAGCUGCGUUAGACUGGGCUUGGGGACGGAGGGGACCAGUUAUGUGUCUUCUCUAUGUUGGCAAAGCAGCCUUGGUCCCCUCUUAGGUCUCAUCCUGCUGCAAAGCUGAAGCAUGGGAUUUCAUCAUCCAAGGGGUUGGAAUUGGGUGGUGGUCUCUGCCCCAGCAUGGCAAGUUGGAGUGCAGCUUAGAGCUCGGCCCCUCUCCACAAGGUUCCAGGCAGUCUUGUAGCAGAGACAGUGGCACUAAACUUUCAGAAGGGAAGUUCUGCUGCCGGCAGCCCUCUCAGCCAGAGGUUUGUGCUGUUGGGGUGGUCAGGCCAGAGGAGCUUAAGAACAGGCCCAACAUUCCAUUCCAUCCAGGGUUGUGGAAUACUCUGGGCACAGAGAUGACUGCACCCUUUGACUAUACCGCAGGUCCAGGGAGAUACCUGGGUGCUCCAAGCUCUGGCAAGGGGAUGAGAGGAGCAAAGGUGAAAAUGUUCUCUGACGUUGGUCUUUUUCAGUGUCUCCCCUUCUCCCAACCAAGCUCCCUGUCCAUUGGAAGUUCUCCAGAUCUUCUAGCUUUCUGACCUGCUCUUUAAGGUUCCAAGAGGUGUCCUCUCCCUACAGGUGAGGGAUGCUUGCUAGGAGGGCCUGACUCCCGCUGCCUAUUAAGAUUGGGAAAGGGGACUGGAACUCACCAUCUUCCCUUGUCUGUUCCUGGGAUGUCAAGACUGCUGUCCAUCCUUUAUUAGUAACCUCAUUUGUCAAGAGGUGCAGCAUUUCCCUCAAGUACUUGCAUGCUCCUAGGUAUGCAUGCUUCUAGGUGUGCAUGCACACUAGCACCUUGACUUCCAUCAGGACAGUGACUCUUUAGUCCCCACUAAUUUCCCCUGUCACAGUGGGUUCCAUCUAUGAGCACAGCUUUGUGCAGACAACUUUCUUGCCCUAUAGGAGAGACAGUGACUACGCCAGGCUCCCCAGAUACAAACUCUUGUACUUUUCGUUUCCAAACUCCCUGAAGCUUUACCUAGCAUCUCCCUGGCACUGAAUAACUUCUCUGCAAAGGCUGGAGUUAGGAGAACCACAGGUUGAAGACCUGAGGAAAAGGGAUGAUGGGGGACUGGCCAGGUCUUCAGACCCCUCAGAAACCUCCUUUGGAUAGAAGGUAAUAUAUAUGAGAAAUAAAUGGAGAACUGGGUCAGUGAUGGACCCAGAAGGAAACUGGCAGGGGAACAAGCAGCUAGAAGUUAUUCUUCCUGUGUUAGCUGCCCUGGAAAGACAGGGGCAUGAAGGAAAAGUUGUCUUGUUGUAUAUUCCAGAGACUUCUGAGGAUUUGUCACUGGAGCUAUAGUAACCAGGCCACCCUCCUCAGACUUACUAGGGAACCUGGGAAAAUCUCAUCUCUCUGUAGUUCCCCACUAGGCACCAGCUAGGGCUUUGACAAUCUUUAAAAUAAAUGUCAAAUGAAAUUGGCCUUCUAGAACAUUCGGAGCUCCUGAGGACUAGGAAGGCCUUUUUCUUCAGAAGUACUACCCAGUUCAGGGAAUAAGAAAAGACCCUGAGGCUCUAAGUCUCCCUACUAUAUCCAUGAAGUAGCCUCCUUGUUUGAAAGACUGGUAGAUAUGUCUGGCUGCCCCACCAAGAGACUGAACUGAUUGGCCUCUUCCCAUGGUUUCAGUUGGUAGAACCCAAAGGUAAGCUUUCCACAUGGGGGAUUAGGUACUCAGCCUAUAUAAGCUCACGAGAACGUUGUGUAGGAAACUGCCAGUUCUGGUUAUAAGAGAAGGCUGAGAAAUCACUCCCUCCCUUCUUCCACCCUGCACCCAUAAACCAGACAUGUCUCCCAGGAAGCAGGUGUCCCUGGAGACAGAAUAUGACAGGGCUCUACAAUCUGUCUGUGUGAUUAUUUGUGAUCUUUUUUUUCUUUGCCUGUAUUUAUGGGGCUCCUAGGAAGGGGCCUGGAGAGGGUACACCCCACCUGGGGACAGUAAAGCCAACUGAUUCCAAUUUUCUGUGUGUUCUUACCUCUGUACUUCCUUGUGGCCCUGCUGGCAAAGCAAGCAGGCCUUCCUGUGUCCAGGACCCUGCCCCUCGCACUUAUGUACACCCAGGCUGGCAAAUCUUGGAGCCUCUGGGCUCUGAAAACUAGACUAUGAUCAUUAAACCUGGCUUGAGUCUCUGUUCUGGCAGUCUGUGACUGGUUUAUCUUUCUUUUCAGCCUGUGGGUGGGGCUCGCUGUACCUCAUAAGUGUGUGCCCUAAGGAGAGGAUACCUAAAUGCUGUUAUAAAGGCAAGAGUAGAAUCCACAUCCAGGCAUGAAAAUAGACCAGGGUCAAGGAACUUUGACCUGAGAGUAAAUACGGUAGGCUCUGCAGGCCAUGAACACUCCGUUACAGCUGCUUAGCCGUGCCAUGGGAGCAGGAAGGCUGCCCCAGACAGUAUAUAAACUGAUGAUUGUGGCCCUGUUCCAGUAAAACUUUAUUUACAGACAUUAAAAUUCGAAUUUCAUAUCAUUUUAACAUGGCUUUUGAGUUUUUUCAACAAUUUAAAAAUGUAAGAACUCUUAUUAGCUCACAGACCAUACAAAACCCAGCUGUGGGCUGGUUUUAACCAGCAAAGGAUAGUUUCCCAACCUGAUAGAUUCUCAAAAGAAAUGUUACUGAUGCUGUAGCAGGAGAGAGUUUAGAAAUUCCUUAACCUGUGGCUACUCCCUGUAGAUAAUGAAGUCUUUCUGGAUCCCUGGGGAGGAAGAUCUGCCUCCCCACAGAGUUCUCUUAAAAGUCUAGAUGAAGCCUACUAACUGUGCUAUGGAAAAACGCUUGCACUGGAUUAAAAGAAUUGGUGGAAAGUAGCUAGCUCAGUUUCAGUAUUUUGAUUAUUACCUGUAUUUUUAUCAUACUGUAAAUGGUAACUAUCUUAGUUUGGCUAAAAGCAUAUUCAUUGAAUAGGCAGGUUACUAUUCAUUGACACUUUAAUGUGUCCUAGGCAUUGCAAAGAAAGAAAUGCAACCCCCCACCUUCUUGGUACAGACACAGCCUAUCAGAAAUUGGACUGGAUUCUACUAAACUCUGAACAUGCAUAUUCUUUGGCUACUGUCUUGGUACUUCUGGAAGGGGACUGUCAUGGUAGAUUCCAAGAGGGGAGAGGAAAUGGUAUAAGGAAAAAAAGAAAACCCAGAAUUUGAAUCAUUACCUGAUUUGCUAAAUUGGUAAAAUCUUGACCAAAGGGCAGCCCUCCUCUGUCUGGAAAAGUUUUGUUCUCUCUGUGAGGAACCACCAAAGUGGUGAGAGGAUGGAGAUACCUUACUCCAGACACAUCAGACAGAUCAACCUUAGCAGUCCGUGAAAUCACAGAUGUUGAUGCCAGAGUGCCCCCAUAGUCUUGUAGCAGUUUUUCAUUUUUUCAAAGCAGCUUUUGCUGUGGCUGAUGUUGGCCAAGAAGAGGAUGCUGGCAAAGAGAAUGGGUCUGGGAAGACUGCUGGUGUUUCUGCCAUCAUGGCCUGUGCCAAGCCCUGUCUCUGAGCCUGCAAAGUCCUCGUGCUCCUUUCUCCCAUUACGCCGGAGAAGUGCAUGGCUGCAUCUCAGCCCCCAAACCACAAGAAGUUCUCUAAGAUUCUGGUCAAGACAUGCGAUGUUGUCGGUCAUGUCUCGCAGCUCUCUCCUUAGCUCCUCUUAUGUGGCAUUUUGGAGGACUGGAGGAGGCUGAUCGUACUGUUUGUUGCCUUGUAGAACCGAAGUUGAGAGUUCAGUUGCACCGGCCAGCCUAGUCUCCCUCUUGACUUCUCACCUCCUUCCCCUCUGCAGUUGUACUUCUUAUACCACUUACCUUGGUCUCCCAGGAAACCAAGCUCCUUUCCCCAUCCAAAUCAUAGGGACAGUUCAGACCUUUGCCUUAGGAAGGUUGGCUUUUCUGGUCUGGCGGCAGUGAGCCCAUGCUCCCCCUCCCGGGGCUCGAGAGGAAGGCUAAAAAGCAGCUGCCACAUCAAGCCCCUUCAUCAGGCUUCCAUGCUGUUGGGCAGGAAAUACCAAGUGGUAAAGAUGCACAGACCAGCCCUGAGGUCUUCCAGUCUAUGUCCAGUUACUGUCCCAGAAACUUAGAGGGUGUGGAACUGUGGCCUGAGAACCACCCUUCUGUGAGCCAGGACAUGGAACCCUGCAGGGAGACUUCCUGGCACAGGCAUACAGAAGGUGAGAGUCCUUGGCCCCAAAGUUAGGGGUGUGUGUAUACACAUGCAUGUGUAGGUGUGCAAACAUGCACAUAGGGUGAGGAGUGCCAUACCUGGGCAGAACUCCGUGCUGCUUUCCUCUCACUUUCCGCUGCUCCCUCCCUUGGCCAGUUUAUUUUUGGUGGGGUCCAGCUGGAAAGGCCCAGCUCAGUCCUGGGCAUCCUUAGAAAGCGUGCCAAGAGAACUCACUAGCUGCUUUAAAGAGAGGGGUGCUGGGGGCCCCUCAUGUAUACUCGGUGAGACCCAAGAGUUGAAUCCUCUGGUACCACAGAAUGGCCUGAAGUAGCUCUUUGAUCUAUAGCGGAGGUUAAAAAAAAUCCUCUGGGAAAUUCUGACAAUAGCAGGAAGAUUAAAAACUGGGGCUCUUAGUCCCCGCACACUGGUGACUAGCUAAGCUUUCUGGGUGGAUGGGCAGAGGGAAGGCUGCCUUAUUGGAGGUAUUCUGGGUUUGCUUUAAGCUUAGCCCAGAGCUGGGAACUGUCUCCUUCAAGCCGCCCCUUAGGGCAGUUCUGGGGCCCUGUCGUUCCGUCUGUCACCUAUGUCUUCUCUGUGCCCAUGUUGGGGAGAAAUGCCAGGCUAUGCCCACAACAGCUGACUAAUGUCUCGUUGCUGGAUCCCAGGUUAGAAAAGAAACGAUAAAAAACUGAAUACCGAAGCCUCUGCACUGCUGUGCUACCUACCUCUCGGUGUGCACUCCGGGUGGGCUGCUGGCAGUUCUCAAAUGGAAUGGAAAGUAUCCUUCCCCUAAUUUAACAUUUAAAUAGAA